AUGACCGGCAUUGUUCUGCCUAAAACGCACAUCCGUCCAUCACAACAGCACAAGUUCCGCUGCAGUCCUCGAACCCCUGCCGACUGUAGACGAGCUGCGAAGAUUCGAAACGCGUCGAGAGAGCCCAAAAAGCCCGGUCCCCGGGGGCCGGAAGAGGCCUUCCCACGACUUCGGCCGACCAGCGGGACUCGGUUCCGGGACUGGACAGCAGCGGCCAGUGCGAGAAUGAAGCCGGCCCGCCCGCCCCUCCCUAAUCGAGCCGGCCGACUCGUCCGGACUCGAAUCGGCCUAGCCCUGCCUUUGGACCACUCGAAGAGGCUAUCCGUUGCUAGGAUGCUCAGACGCUCGUCCAACCAGCGCAGCAUCAAAGCGGCCGCUCUGUCGACGAGCAUGAGCAGCAGCUUCAUCGAGGGUCCCUUCCCCAGCAGCCACAAGCUGACGCCCCUCGAGCGCACCUUCCUCGACUCGGCCGAACGCGGCGACAAGUCCACCCUGGCCCGGUGUCUCAGCUGUCCACGGCCGGUCAACGUGAACUGUGUGAACAUGCUGGGCCGGACGGCAAUCCAGAUCGCGGUUGACAACGAGAAUGUGGAGAUUGUCGAACUGCUGCUCCGGCAUCCCGAGAUCCACAUCGGCGAUGCUCUGCUCUACGCGAUCCAGGAGGGCGUGUAUCGGAUCGUCGAGAUGCUGAUCGACCACGGCUCGAUCAGCAAAGAGAUGCUGGGCACCUCGUGGGCCCGACCGGCCAACAUCUCGCUCAAUCGCCUCGGCAACGACGAAAGCCACGAUUUCGCCUCGGACAUCUCACCCGUCAUGCUGGCCGCCAUCUGCAACCAGUUCGAGAUCCUUCAACUGUUGUUGAACCGCGGCGCCCGCAUUGACCGGCCCCACCAGUCCUCGUGUGACUGCGAUCGCUGUCUCUACCUGCUGAAGCAUGACUCGCUGAAACACACUCUCCAGCGCAUCAACACCUACAAGGCGCUGGCCAGCCCAGCCUGGAUUUCGCUCACAUCGUCCGACCCUCUGCUCACUGCUUUCAAGCUCUCCUGGGAGCUCUGCUAUCUGGCCUCACGGGAGAAUGAGUUCAAAGAGAUGUUCAACCAACUCUCUGAACAGUGCCGACGUUAUGCCUGCGAUCUACUUGAUCAGUGCCGCAGUUCCGGCGAAGUGAUCGCUCUCCUCAACAAAUACGACAGCGCCGACAGCAACAACUCGAGCGGCAGCGACUCCAGCACAUCCUCCUCCUCCUCCUCCUCCUCCUCUUCCCCCCCACCCUCCAUAUACUCUCCUUACUCUUCACACUCUCCAUACUCCCUACACGCCUCACCCUCCUCCGCUGCCUCCUACCCAGCUCCAUCACCUGCACCCUCCUCCUCCGCCGCCGCCGCCGCCGCCGCCUCCCCCUUCUCCUCCUCCUCCUCCUCCUCAUCCUCAGACAAAGACGACAACGAUGACAACCACGACAAAUGUGAGGUCGCAAACGAGUCGCCGAGUUGUGGUGUAAAGAAGAAGAAGAAGAAGAAGGGGAAUAAAAAUAAAAAGAACAAUAAAAAAGUGGAAGCGAUGCCGGUUUCUGUGCGCUUUCGAAAAGGGGUCGAGAAUCAUGAGCCUCCGCCGAAAGCACCCGAGGCGACUAAGCAGACAGGCUCGAGGCUCGAGUCCGACCAGCCCCGUGCGGAUGGAGAGAUGAAGAUGAUGAUGACGAACAGCGCGAUCAAGAAGAGAUCAUUGUCUGGCUGGGACUCGCCUUUGCGCCCGGACGUCGGAACGGCCAAGGUUUCCGUCCGAUCGGGCGACCUGACCGGCGCCGGCUAUUCGGACGAGGCUCAGAGAAACCGGAUGACCGGUUGUCGUGGCGGCUCGGGGUCGAAAGAACCGGAGGUCUGUUCGGGGGUGCCCGCCAAGACAACCCUCGGAGGCAGGGGUGCACCGAGGGAGCCGGCGGCCGAGGUGAGACAGACGGCGACAGCGGCUACUGGAAAGAAGGCCGGCGAAAGCGAAGAACUCUUCGGGCCAGCUGAAUUGAUGGGAUUUAGCACUCUGCAGAAUAUGGCACUGUUUAAA